GAAAAUAAUUCUAUUUAAGGAAAAAACAUUAAAUAUACGAUUCCUCAUCGAUAUUCAAAAGAUGUACGCUGCUUGUUGAUGUUUUAUCAUAAUUGUUAGAAAGUUUCUUUAAGGACAAACACAUUAAUUUACAAGAUAUUUUGAAAUUGAAUAUUUAAUGUCGUUCAAUGAUUCAAAAUUUACAACAUCAUCUCCAAUCAUCAAUCAGGCGUCAAAGCUUUCAUCAACACCAGUCCACAUGUCGGCUAACCUGAGUCAAAAUUUAAAUUCUUCUGGUAACAUGGAAAGGAAUUGCUUCAAUGUUUGCCAAAAUCGCUUCAAAUAUAUCAUAUUAAUGAGUGCCACAGUUCAGUUUAUCAUGUUAAUUAUUUACACUACACUUUUAUAUAUAUUUUUUCUUCAUCCUGUGGUUUGGGCAAAAGAAAUUUUCCUAAUAAUUUUUGCUCUUAUAUUCAUCACAAUGUGGAGCGACGGAUACUUUAUAUUCCAUCAACCACUACUUGAAGAGAAAGAAUAUCAUUCAACAAGAUUCAUAAGUUUCAUGCGAAGAUUUCCUCAUGAGUUAACAAUGUUGACAUUCAAUUUCACUAUUGGAUUAAUGACAGCUUUGCUUUUUCUUCGAUAUCUGAGUGAACAAGACGAUUCGUAUUCCUUCAUCAACGAAAAGAAGUUUAUUUUUCGUGAGAAGCAUGGAUUUCUGAUUCUCAAUGCAAUCUUCUUGAGAUGUUAUUUCUAUUAUAAUAAAGAGAAUGAUGAACAAACCAUCAGCUUUCCAAUGAUUCAUCAAUCAAAGCUUCUUCAAAUCAAACGGAAACUUAAAGCUGCUCUGAAAUCAUCGCUCACUAAAUCUCUGAUACCAACUUUACAUGCUGUUGCAUUUUAUCUGACAGUUGGAAGAUUCUUAUUUUUCUUUAUUCGUUGGAGUGACAAAGAAACUUCAGUCAUUAAGAGUUUUCUAACUGUAAUGGAUGUGAAAUUGUUAUUUUCCACGUACAUUCUAACAUCUUUUAUAUUAAACAACAUGAAACUUACUUUAAAUAUUGUCAACAUAGUUGCAACACAUCCAAAAAUAUUUCCAAUUGAUGGCAAUGAGUCAUUAAUUCUCGCUGAAGUUUUAUCGUUUUCAAAGAAUCAAAUUACUCAACUUCUUGCAGCUUAUGAUUUGUUUACUCUGUCGAAUGAGCCAAAUAGUUCCAGACGAAAGCAAUUUUAUGCGUUAUCAAAUCCUGGUGGCCAUCCACAUAACUGGAAGUUGCUUGUCCAAAAAUCUCUUGUAAUCGUGAACAAUUUCAGUGAUGAAGUUAAGAAGACAACUGAAAGCAUCAGUAAAAGCAAAGGAGCUCAACAUAUGAUCGAUAAUAAGAGUCACACACUAUAUAACUUCUACGAAAGUAAACGGAUGACCAGAGAAUACAAUAAUUUCACAGGAAUAAGAAAUAUGGGAUCAAAUCCAUUAAUGCCACCACCAAAUCAGAAACCAGCAACACCAAAGCUUAUUGAUGAGAUUAAGCAGAAGCUUCUGAAUUACAAAAUUAUUUUCUUCAUUUUCGGUGAAGCAGACGAAGCGAAAUUGAACUUUUUAUUGAGAAAUAAUUCACAAGCUAUUGAAUGGAUUGUUCAAGGAAUAUCAGCGAUGGUUGUUCGCUCCUUAAAGGAAGAUAGCUACGGAGUUGUACAACACGAUAUCAAACAAAUCCUUAAAUCACUCAUCAAACUCAAAACUAUGUUGGAUAAAAUCGGAGCUUACAAUUCAAUCAGCAGAGAUCGAAAUUUCAUGGCACUUAAAGCUUCUGUUCGUCGUUCACUUUAUCAAAUUGUUAACACUUUUUCUGGAUUUUUCGAAGAUUUAUUAUUAGACAGCGAGGACGUAAGAGCGCUUCAUGGUUUUGUUAAUUAUAGAGAACUUUAA